UUGUUUCUGCUACGCAUGAAACAAAGUACGUCAAGAUUAAAACAGAUGCGCUGACGCAGUUUGCUGCACGGAUCGACGCAGCAGCACUUGUACCACCGUAAGCGCAUCAGCUGUGGCAAUAUCGCAUUCAAGGAUUUAUCAACCGCACGACCACAAGCUAGUGCACAGCACCGUUACGUUAUCACGUACAGCAGAUCGUUUAUUUCCCGGCGCAGGGGUGUGGUUUGAAACAGUUCAUGCUGUUUGCGAGUGCGCAUCCGGGCAUGGAAACCACGAGCAAGCACACUGUGUUCGGCUUCAACUAUGGUCUCGACUGGCGUCCUACCUCGUUCGUAGACGCUCUCUCUUCGGACUACGUGUGCAGCGUUUGCGGGCUGGUGCCCCGGUUGUCGGCCGCUCUGCCCUGCGGCCACGUGCUUUGUCUGCAGUGCUACAACCACAACGGGAGCAGACUGAACUGCUGUCCGCUGGAUAAGAAAAUCGUCGAUGAGAAAGGUGUGGUGUUCUCGAGCCUCAGCAGAGAAAGUAUUCUCAGUCGCAAAGUGCGCUGCUGGAAUGCAGAGAACGGUUGCGUCGCCGAGGACGCAGCUUCCACCAUGCUGGAGCACUUUUUCAGCCUCUGCCAAUUCCACGCCGUCAGCUGCCGCACUUGCGGCAUCCGAGUAUUGCGACGGGACGUCGUCAACCACGUUGCGAACCGCUGUCCAGGCCCGUCGUCUCGACAACCACCGGACGAACAUCCUUUCCUUAGCGUCGUCGAGGUCGAGGAAGUGCUGAAGCAGAUAUCAAGUGAAGCCGCGACUGCAACAGCGCGGCAGCAGUCGCUUGAAGAGCCGCCCAUGUGCGAAAAAGAAAUUGUGAUGACGGAGCUGUCUUUGGCUGUUGCCGAUAUAGUGCGAGUCGAGCGAUACGAGAGCGCCCUUCGCACUUACGGGACUUUUGUGUCGUCGCGUGAACUCCUAAACACCGCCACUGCGAACGAACCGGCUGUUAGCGCGAGACUGGAGCCUAGCACGACCAGGGGCGAUGUGACAGAGAAGGCGAGAGCGACUUCUUUAGAAGAUCUCGUGCAGUCCUGCUCUACUUCUUCUUCGCCCUUGGAGAGCACCAAAGGGGAACGUCGAUGUACGUCGAUGAACGUUGUCGGAACGUCGAUGAACAACGGGGUCAAAGAGGCACUUGCUGAGCCGCAGGCGGUGCCACGAAAGCGUCUCGACGGGCGUCCGGAACCGUUCUCGCGUAGGCUAGUUCGUGCUGACGAUCGAGAAUGCUGUGAAUGUAUUAUAGAAAACUGGACGCACUUCAGCACCGGCCAAGCCCCACCCGAUAUCCGACAAGGUCGAUGUGACUGCGGCACGCGCUUGCUCUCCUACGGAUACAUGCUUGUUCCAGAGCUCAUCGCCACAUCAACCGCGAGAGACAUAUCCUUUACCGUAUACGCGUUCAAAGGACUUGACGGUGCUACAUCUGAUAGACCCUCGGAUGGGACGUUUAGGAUUCGCCUAAUUCAUCCCACCGAUUCUACCAGGGAAUUGAUACGAUCUAAAGAAAUGUCUUGGUAUACACCCCCAUUCCCGGAGCGUGUUAGGGGCCAAAAAGUGCACUGUUUGGGCUACAUUCCAUCAUUUAUUAGUGUUGCAUGCGUGGAAGAAGGCGGCUUUGUUGCGAACGAUGAACUCCGUAUGCGUUUUAGGUUGACACCUUGGUAGCUGGCUUGUGCCGUUGGAGUGGUGGCAAAUAAUCAUUGACCCAACAUCACUAUUACUUCUGUUGUUCAGCGCUUUUACUGUUUGUGUGUUCUAUGUGCGUUAUUUUAGUCAUAUUUUUAUGUUAGUAUUUCUACGGAACUGAUAAAAUGUAGACAACAGGGAUGAAAAUCUGGUAAUGUGCCAGCUUUGUAGGAUCUCUGCUCCUUGUGUAGAUGAGAGUACAUGCUCUAUGAUUUAGUUUUUAUUGUUUUAACUGGGGUAGGGAUUGCAGCAUUGUUCAGGGCAGAAUCCUGCUGUACGCAUCGUAAUGCUGGUUGCUUAUACUGCAGCAGUCACCGGAAAAUAAAUUGACGGCUGUAAGUGUAGUCGACUACUAACUAUAUCUUUUAUUUAGUCGACAAUAGCCGCCGGUGUAUAUUGAUUUAUUAUGGAGCUGUGGAAGCUAAAUGACAGCAUUACAAAGUUGAUAUGCGCAUAUGGUAGGUUAUGUAUCUCUGCAUUCCAACCACACAAUAAAGGAAAAUGCAGAAAAAUGUGAAGGAUGUCACCAAAAUGCCUUCAAUCUCUCUUUUGUUUAAGAGUAUCUUUUCUCCGUUCCUUUUCACAAAACCUGCAUUGCGUUUUGUUUCCCACUAUGAAAUCUGUUCUCACAGAGGAAACUUGAAACCGUCGUCUGCGGUUUUACCAACAGAUGUAAACUGCUUCUACUUAGAGAAUGUGUAAGAUUUUGAACAGAGCAAAUGUUUGUAUUUUCGUUUACCAGUGUGUUUGUAAUACCGCACGUCAGCUUUCAAGCGCAAUUUCAAAGCUAUUUCUUCUGUAUAAUCUCGGCGUGCCUCCACUGUUCUGGCUACACUGUGAUAUGAGCUGUGGUUUGGUGCUCGAAUAAACAGUUUUUUUCAUACCACGAC